AUGGCAGGCGACUACCCCCAAGAGAAGUUCGUCAACGCCUCACUCCAGCCUGGAUCUUACUGGGAGCGAUGGCAGUCGGUAGCCCGCAACGUCACCAUCCCCAUCCAGCUUGACCUUUUGCGUAAGACUGGCAGAUAUGACGCUUUCAACCUCAAGCACAUUCCCUACUAUGACAAGCCGCCUUCCAUCUGGCCUGUCCCAGACCACCUCUUCUGGGAAUCCGAUGUUGCCAAAUGGAUCGAAGGCGCUUGCUAUCACCUGCAGAACAACCCAGAUGCGGAGAUUCAAUCCCACGUCGAGUACCUUGUUGACCUUAUCGAGAAGGCUCAACAGCCAGAUGGCUACUUGAACAUCCACUUCGUCGCUAACGAACCAGAGAAGCGAUGGUCCAGCCUUCGAGACUUGCACGAGCUGUACAAUUUCGGUCACCUCAUCGAGGCGGCUCUGGCAUAUCACGCGCAGACUGGUUCGGACAAGCUUAACAAAGUCAUGCUCCGUUUCGUCGACUACUGCUGCACUGUAUUCGGCACCGAAGCUGGAAAGCUUGCAGGUUACCCGGGGCAUCCUGAAGUGGAGCUUGCUCUGCUUAGGCUGUACCGUCGAACAGCACACGCCGACUGUCUGCGACUUGCAACCUACUUCCUCACUGAACGAGGCAGGAACGGAGGUCAGUACUACAAUGAUGAGCAAGCCAGGCGAGGCGAGCACCCCCAUACUAUUCCGAGCAUGAUGCCCAAACCGUACAGCUUCUGGUACAUGCAAGCGCACAAGCCGAUUGCCGAGCAAGACACCAUCGAGGGUCACUCUGUCAGGGCCAUGUACCUUCUCACAGCAGUGCAAGAUCUCGUCGUCUCGCCCGACAGCACGCGAUUCACCACCGAGCACCAGGUCAAAGAGCUAGCUGCUGCUGCUAGGACACUUUGGAACAGCAUGGUUCGCACCAAGAUGUACGUCACUGGCGGCAUCGGCAGCAUCAAGCAGUGGGAAGGCUUUGGCAUUCCGUACUCGCUCCCGAUCAGCACAGACGAGGGUGGUUGCUACACCGAAACCUGCGCGGGUAUCGGUCUUCUCAUGCUUGCCGAUCGUCUCCUUCACGAGAAGCUCGAUGUCAACGUUGCCGACGUAGCCGAACGGGUUCUUUUCAACUCGAGCAUCACGACAGGCAUGUCGGUCAACGGCAAGUCGUUCACCUACGUCAAUCAGCUCGCCAGCUCGCACGAGGAACCUUGCCAGCGAUUCGACUGGUUCGAAUGCGCAUGUUGCCCGCCGAAUGUGAUGCGAACGUUUGGCUGCCUCCAAGGGUAUUUCUUCGGCACGCUGGUUGCGCGUCCUUCCGAUCUUGCCAUCCACCAGAUCUUUGCAGGCAACAUCGACUACCUUGGUAACAGGGUGCAGAUUCAGACAGACUAUCCUCUGGACGGCAGCGUCAAGCUCAAGGUGGACAAGAUCGCUCCUUCGGCCACAAUCUGGCUUCGCAUCCCUGGUUGGGCGCAAUCCGACUACCAGUUCUCGGGAGACGCAAAGUUUACGAACGGGUACCUUGCCAUCACCCAACCCGGUGACUUCCAGCUGCAGCUGAAUCUCACGCCACGCAUCCUCCACUCUCACCCUGAUGUCGGUCCUAGCCGUAUCACUCUGGCCUACGGUCCGCUGAUCUACUGCAUCGAAGAUGUCGACAAUGCAUGGAUCAACGAGCUGCCCGACCGCGAACAACAUUUCAAGCAUCUCUGUGUCCAGCUUCCCAGCGACGCAAUGCAAAUCAGGGUGAACAAACCGGACGAGGCAGGUAUCAUCAAGCUUACAUUGCCAAAAGCAGGAUACACGCUCAAGGUGCAGGACGAGGACGGGUUCGCAUCUGCUUUCGAGCAGAACCGCCAGCCGGGGUACUAUGAACAGCAAGGUCAAGGAAGGGACCUCGUGUUUGUGCCAUACUACUACCGUUGCAACAGGGCAGAGACGCUGGGCAGGAUGCGCACUUCGCUGCGCGUCAAAGCCCUCUAA